AUAUAGAAAAUAAAAAAUCAAAUAAAAAAAAAUAUAUUCUUCUGUUGUUUUUUUUUGGCAAUAAUUAAAUAAAUAAUGUUGUCUUUAAAAUUAACACGUAAUUUAGGUAUUGGAUUAAAAUAUUUAUCACGUGAGAAUCCGAGUAUAUUGGCUCCAGCAAUAAAUAAUGUAAAAUGUAUAUCAACAACAGUUGAAAAUAAUAAUAAAGUUGAUGAUGUACCAGUCAAAGCAACUAAAAUUCCAUACAGUCCAUUUCAAAAUACAAAUAAUGCUGCUGAAUAUGCACUUGCUCGUAUGGAUGAUUUAUUAAAUUGGGGAAGAAAGGGUUCAAUGUGGCCAUUGACAUUUGGUUUAGCUUGUUGUGCUGUUGAGAUGAUGCACAUUGCUGCACCAAGAUAUGACAUGGAUAGAUUUGGUGUUGUAUUUAGAGCAUCACCUCGUCAAGCUGAUGUUAUCAUUGUUGCUGGUACAUUGACUAAUAAAAUGGCACCAGCAUUGAGAAAAGUUUAUGAUCAAAUGCCAGAACCAAGAUGGGUUAUUUCAAUGGGUAGUUGUGCUAAUGGUGGUGGUUAUUAUCAUUACAGUUAUGCUGUUGUUAGAGGCUGUGAUCGUGUUGUUCCAGUUGACAUAUACGUACCUGGAUGUCCACCAACUGCUGAAGCACUUCUUUAUGGUGUAUUGCAACUUCAAAAAAAAGUUAAAAGAAUGCAAUCUGCACAAGUUUGGUACAGAAAAUAGUUACAUUAUCUUAUAAAAAAAUUUAAUUUAAAAAAAUAAUUAUCAGUGAUUUAUAAAGUUGUAAAAAUAAAUUAAAAUUGAUAAAUUAAAAAAUA